GUUCAAAGCAGCUCUGAGUGAACAGCAGUGAACAGUGGUCAACAGACAGCCAACAAGUGUUAAUCAAGUCAUUAUUUUAUAAGAAAAAAAAAUGCAAGCACAUACGGAAAAAAUACGUAAAAAAAAUCCAGAAACGAAAGCAAAUUUUUUAAAUAAAUUAACUUACAUAUGGGUAUUGAGAAUUUUUUGGACUGGUUAUAAAAGAGAUCUGGAAGUUGAUGAUCUUCCAGAAGCCUUGGAAGAUCAUAAAAGUAAUUAUUUAGGUGAAAAAUUAUCAGCAUCAUGGGAAAAACAAUUACGACAAGUUAAAAAUAAUAAAACAAAAUCAAAUUUAUUUAAAGUAUUAUGGAAUGUUUUUGGCUUUGAAUUUGUAUCACGUGGAAUUUUUUUUGCUACUUUACUAAUUAUUAUCAGAACAACACAGCCACUGGCACUUGCUGAAUUCAUCAAGUAUUUUUCAACUAAAGAUGAAGAAAAUUCACGAUUAAAAAAUGAUGCAUAUAUAUAUGCUGGUGCCAUCGUAAUAUUGAUGCUGAUGAAUACAUUUGUGAUUCGAGUAUUUAUGCUGACAAUGAAUCAUUUUGGAAUGAAAAUGAGAAUUGCUUGUUGCUCAUUGAUAUAUAAAAAAAUACUGAGAUUGUCAACAGCAAGUAUUGAUGGAAAAAUAAUUGGACAAGCAGUAAAUCUUAUGUCAAAUGAUGUCAGUAGGUUUGAUAGUUCAAUGAUGUUUAUUCAUUUCAUCUGGAUUGGUCCACUGCAAACAAUAGUUGCCAGUUAUUUUAUAUAUCGUGAAGCUGGAUGGGCUGGUAUUAUUGGUGUUGCUUGCUUUCUCAUGGUGAUUCCAUUUACUGGUUGGAUAGGCAAAAAAUCAACAAGUUAUCGUCGUAAAAGUGCUGAAAAAACUGAUGAACGUGUUAGAUUGACAAAUGCCAUUAUCAAUGGUAUUGAAGCAAUUAAAAUGUACAGUUGGGAAUAUCCAUUUAGUAAUUUAAUUAAAAAUUCACGAGAUAUUGAAAUUAAAACAAUACAAUCAGCACAUAAUUUACGAAUUAUCAUACUGUCUUUUGCUCAAUUUAUGACAAAAAUUAUUUUACUUAUUACAAUACUUUGUAUUUUAUUUUUGAAAAUUGAUGAUUCACCAGACAAAAAUAAAAUAACAGCUGCAAAAAUUUUCAUGUUAAUUGCUUACUUUGAAAUGCUUCGUAUUCAAAUGUUAUUUAGCUUUUCUAGAGCUACUUUACUAUUCGGUGAAACAAUGGCAUCAAUAAAACGUAUUCAUAAUUUUAUGAUGUAUGAAGAGGUUGAUGAGCCAGCUCAACUUGAUACUUAUAAAAGUUUAGCUAAUCAAAAUAUCAAAGAACUAAAUGGAGACAUAAAUAAUUAUUCUUUUCAAGAAGAUAAAGGAUCAAUCGUUAUUAAAGAUGCAUUCACUAGAUGGUUAAGUGAAGAUGCCUUGAAAAAUAUAAACAUGAUUGUAAAACCCGGUCAAUUGGUGGCUAUUGUAGGACCAGUUGGUUCUGGUAAAACAAGUUUAUUAAAUGUUAUAUUAAAAGAGCUGGCUGUCUAUCAGGGAAGUGUUGAUGUCCAGGGUAAUAUUGCGUAUGCAUGUCAAGAGCCAUGGUUGUUUGCUGGUUCAGUGAGAAAUAAUAUUCUCUUUGGUCGAGCACUUGAUCAAAAAAGAUAUGAACGAGUUGUCAAAGUGUGCCAGCUAAAACGAGACUAUCAAUUGUUUCCCUAUGGUGAUAAAACAAUUGUUGGUGAUCGAGGAGUAAGUUUGUCUGGUGGACAACGAGCCAGAAUAAAUCUUGCACGUGCUGUUUAUGCUGAUGCUCCAAUUUAUUUGUUUGAUGAUCCACUGAGUGCUGUUGAUGCUCAUGUUGGCAAACACAUGUUUGAAGAAUGCAUUGAAAAAUAUCUCAAGGGAAAAACGAGGAUACUUGUGACUCAUCAGAUACAAUUCUUACGAAAUGUUGAUAAAAUUAUUGUUAUGGAAGAGGGACAAAUUAAAGCUGAAGGAAGUUAUGCUGAUUUAUUAUCAAGAAACAUUGACAUUGGUAAAUUAUCAGUUGCUCCUUCGUCUGAAGAUGACACAAAAUCUUUAGCACCAAGUCAAACCAGUUCUCGACACACAAGUUUCAGCUCAGUCAAUUUGGAAACAACAAUAAAAGAUGUAAAAGAUACAACACUUGUCAUCCAACAAGAGCCAGUUGAAGUUAAAGAAAGCCAAAGUAAAGGUAGCAUGGGAGCUAAAAUAUAUUCAACAUAUUUUGGUGCUGCUGGUAGUUGGUGUUUAGUAUCAUUUACAUCUUUGUUAAUUAUGAUUGUACAAAUACUUUGUUCGGGUAAUGACUGGUUUAUUGCAUAUUGGGUUAAACUUGAAGAAAAAUAUCCAAAUUCAACAUUAACAGAGUCUCCAUAUUCAGAACGAAGCUUAUCUAUGUUAAAUUGCAUUUUAAUUCUGACAAUUAUUAUUGUGCUAAUAAUAUUUAUUACAAAUAUACAAAUAUUUACAUUUAUUUCAGUUUGUAUGAGAUCUUCGAGAAAUCUGCAUGAUAAAAUAUUCAAUAGUAUAACACAUGCAACAAUGAGAUUUUUCAAUACAAAUCCAUCGGGUAGAAUUUUAAAUCGUUUUUCAAAAGAUUUAGGCACUAUCGAUGAUUUGUUGCCUCUCACAAUGCUUGAUUGCAUUCGAAAUAUUGUCAAGGUCAUUGGUAUUUUUGUUCUGGUAGGAAUAACAAAUAUUUGGCUUCUUAUUCCUGCAAUAAUUAUUGGAAUAAUUAUGUAUUUUAUUAGAACUUUUUACUUUACCACUUCAAGAAGUAUAAAAAGACUUGAAGGAAUAACAAAAUCACCAAUGUUUAAUCAUUUGAGUGCAACUUAUCAAGGUCUUGCAACAAUAAGAUCAUCAAAUAGUCAAAAAAUAUUAAUUAAAGAGUUUAAUAAUCAUCAAGAUCUUCAUUCUUCAGCAUGGUACAUGUACAUUGUAACUUCAGCAGCAUUUGGUUUUUGGCUAGACAUUUUCUGUUCAAUUUACGUUUGCAUUGUCAUCAUGAGUAUACUGACAUACGUAGAAAGAGAUGGAGUUUCUGGAAGCAGUGUUGGUCUUGUUAUCACACAAAUUAUUGGACUCACUGGAAUGUUACAAUUUACAAUGAAACAACUUGCUGAGCUUGAAAAUCAAAUGACCUCAGUAGAGAGAGUAUGGGAAUAUACUAAACUUGAAAAUGAACCACCACUUGAAAGUUUACCUGAUAAAAAACCAAAAGAAAAAUGGCCAGAGAGUGGUUAUAUUAAAUUUAGAAAUGUCAACAUGUCGUAUGAUCCCGAGGAAGCACCAGUAUUAAAAAAUCUCAAUUUUACAAUUGGUGCAAAAGAAAAAGUUGGAAUUGUUGGAAGAACUGGUGCUGGUAAAUCAUCAUUAAUAUCAGCAUUAUUUAGACUGGCAUAUAUUGAUGGUAAAAUUGAAAUUGAUGGAAUUGAAACUGGUGAAAUUGGUCUACAUGAUUUACGAUCGAAAAUAUCAAUUAUUCCUCAAGAACCAUUUUUAUUUGCUGGUCGUUUAAGAAAAAAUUUAGAUCCAUUUGAUUUGUACGAUGAUUACAUACUCUUGUCAGCUCUGGAAGAUGUUGAGCUUAAAGAAAUGGAACUCUACGAACACGUCAGUGAGGGAGGCAGUAACUUGAGUGUUGGACAACGACAACUUGUCUGUCUUGCCCGUGCAAUCAUCAGGAAUAAUAGAGUAUUAAUAUUGGAUGAGGCAACUGCCAAUGUUGAUCCAAGAACAGAUGAACUUAUACAAAAAACAAUUCGUAGAAAAUUUGCAGAUUGCACUGUACUUACGAUUGCUCAUCGACUCAAUACUGUCAUGGAUAGUGAUAAAAUACUCGUGAUGGAUGCUGGAACAGUUGUUGAGUUUGAUCAUCCACAUGUGCUUCUUCAAAACCCUGAAGGUGCAUUCACCAGUAUGAUCAAUGAAACUGGUAAAUCUGAUGCUCAUGCUUUAUCAAUUAUUGCCGAAAAAAAUUAUCAUUUACAUUCAUCAACAACAUCUUCAUGCAAUAAAUAAACCGGUAUUAUUUUUUAUCCUAUUUAAACAGUAAAUUUUGUUGUUUAUUGACAAUAAAUAUUUGCAUGUUUUUUUUACCUCUAUGCAAUAUUAAUAUAACAUCAUUUGAUUUCUGUACUUAUGAGAGAAAUAUUUUACUUAAUUUUUUAUAUCAUUGUAGCAUCACAUUUUAUGAGUAAGUUGACAAAAUGUAUUUUUUUCUUUUUUAUCUUU